AUGGAGCCAACAGAGAGCAAGGAGGCUCGGCCCGAGCACAUUGACGAGAAGGGCACGGCGCCAAACCUCGACAAUGUCAAGGUCCUCAACGACGAGGCCGCUCAGGCGACAGCCACCGAGCACAGCAUGACCCUCAUGCAAGGUUUUAAGACACACAAGAAAGCCGCGAUAUGGUCCAUUCUCAUCUCCGCGACAAUCAUCAUGGAGGGCUACGAUACGCAACUGCUGGGCAACUUUUGGGGGUACCAUUCCUUCCGAAGAAAGUUUGGCGAGUACUCCGGCGAAGAACACGGCUGGCAGAUCACUUCGGCGUGGCAGGCCGGCCUCAACGAUAUCAGCGGAGUGGGAAAUAUCAUCGGAGCAAUGCUUAACGGGUACCUGACUGCCAAGUAUGGACACCGCAUAGUCUUGAUGGGCAGUCUGGCCUGGCUGUCCGCCGCCAUCUUCAUCUCCUUCUUCGCGCCGAGGAUCGAGGUCCUCCUGAUCGGCCAGUUCCUCUGCAACAUCCCCUGGGGCGUCUUCGCGACGACAGGUCCGGCUUACGCUGCCGAGGUCGUGCCUCUGGCACUUCGUGGGUAUCUCACGGCCUACAUCAACCUCUGCUGGUGUAUCGGCCAGUUCAUCGCAGCCGGCGUCCUGAAGGGCCUGAUUAACAACGAGACCGACUGGGGCUACAAGAUCCCCAUGGCCAUCCAGUGGGUCUGGCCCGUCCCCCUCUUCAUCGUCGCAUUCCUGGCCCCCGAGUCUCCUUGGUACCUUGUCCGGACGGGACAGCUUGACAAGGCCAAGAAGUCCCUGAUCCGCCUUUCCGAGCCGGAGCACCAGAGCGACCACGAUGCGACUAUCGCCCUCAUGGUCCGUACCAACGAACUGGAAAAGGAGGAGCGAGCUGGUACCUCGUACGUCGACUGCUUCAGAGGGACCAACCGGCGCCGGACGGAGAUUGCCGUCAUGUGCUUCGUCUCCCAGAUCACAAACGGCGGUGCCCUCUGCUACACGGGCACUUUCUUCUACGAGCAAGCCGGCCUGAGCGCCGACCUCUCCUACAGCCUGGGCCUCGUCGGCACCGCCAUCGCCUUCUGCGGCGUCGUCAUCUCGUGGCUCUACAUCUCCAGGUGGGGCCGGAGGAGCAUCUGGCUCUGCGGCUUCUACGGCCUGCUGUGCUGCCUGUGGCUCAUCGGCAUCCUGGCCUGCGUCAAGCCCCAGACCCACACCCUCGGCCUGGUCCAGUCCAUCCUCUGCAUCGUCUGGCUCGGCGUCUACUCCAUGUCCGUCGGCCCCAUCGUCUACACCAUCGUCGCCGAGAUCGGCUCCACCCGCCUCCGGACGCAGACCGUCGUCCUGGGCCGCAGCGCGUACUACGUCGCCAACAUCAUCGGCGGUGUCCUGCAGCCGUAUUUCAUGUCCCCGACUGCGUGGAAUGCCCAGGGAAAAACUGCAUUCUUCUGGGGUAGCUUGUCUUUGCUCACCACCAUCUGGGGCUUCUUCCGUCUUCCAGAGACCAAGGACCGUACCUUCGAAGAGAUGGACAUCAUGUUCCAGCGCAAGCUGAUCUGGUUCGAGCUCCACCUUGGACAGAACGGCGGCGAGAAGCUGUCCACCUGGCUCUACCACAGCGACUCCCGCUCGGAGAAGGGCUUCACCACCGUGCAGAGCAAGCCAGGUGUAAACACGGUCGCGCCGGCGGAGCAAAUCAGGGGCGAGUGGACCUCGACCUCGCCCCAGAGCAGCAUCACCUACAACUUGGACUGA